AUUGCGUCACUUCCGUUUACUGUCGGCCGCCGCCGCGGUGUUCUCAGAGUAAGGCGGCCAACGGGCUGUGGGAGCUGGGGAACGAGAGGCGGGGUGGGCGGGGAGGGUGGGCGGAAGGGGUAGGAAAUCCCAUCACGGAGACGCCAGCCUGGACGUUCCCGCCUCCUCCAACACUGUCGAGUCGGGUCGGAGAAGGGUCAUUGCUUUCUCCAGCGAGGAGGGGGGCGGAGCCCGGCUCAGGAUCAUGGAUUUUCCUGGACACUUUGAACAGAUCUUCCAGCAACUGAACUACCAAAGACUUCAUGGCCAGCUCUGUGAUUGUGUCAUCGUAGUGGGGAAUAGGCAUUUUAAAGCCCAUCGCUCUGUACUGGCAGCCUGCAGCACGCAUUUCCGAGCCCUGUUCUCAGUGGCAGAGGGAGAUCAGACCAUGAACAUGAUCCAGCUGGAUAGCGAGGUAGUGACAGCGGAGGCCUUUGCCGCACUGAUUGACAUGAUGUAUACUUCCACCCUCAUGUUGGGGGAGAGCAAUGUUAUGGAUGUCUUAUUGGCAGCCUCUCACCUGCAUUUGAACUCUGUUGUUAAGGCAUGUAAACAUUACUUAACGACAAGGACACUGCCCAUGUCUCCCCCCAGUGAGCGUGUUCAGGAACAGAGCGCCCGCAUGCAGCGCUUCUUUAUGCUGCAGCAGCUGGGACUAAGCAUAGUGAGCUCAGCCCUCAAUUCCAACCAGAAUGGCGAGGAGCAGCCAGCCCCGAUGAGCUCCUCAAUGCGUAAUAACCUGGACCAGCGCACGCCCUUCCCCAUGAGACGCCUUCAUAAGCGUAAGCAGUCUGCAGAAGAAAGGGCCAGGCAGCGCCUCCGACCUGCCAUGGAUGAGUCUGCCAUUUCCAAUGUUACGCCAGAGAAUGGGCCUUCAGGGGUUCAUUCUCGAGAAGAAUUCUUCUUGCCAGAUUCUCUGAAAAUUGUGGAUAACCCUAAGGCCGAUGGAAUGACCGACAACCAGGAAGACAGUGCCAUCAUGUUCGACCAGUCUUUCGGUGCUCAAGAAGAUGCCCAGGUACCCAGCCAGUCUGACAACAGUGGUGGCAACAUGGCACCAUUGUCCAUGGCCUCCCGUGCAACUCAGGUUGAGACUAGUUUUGAGCAGGAAGCUGCAACUGAGAAAAGUGGUUUUCCGUGUGAAAAUCCUGAGGUUGGCCUUGGUGAGAAGGAUCACAUGAGAGUGGUGGUGAAAUCUGAGCCCUUGAGCUCUCCUGAGCCUCAGGAUGAAGUGAGCGACGUGACCUCACAAGCAGAAGGCAGCGAAUCUGUGGAAGUGGAAGGAGUUGUGGUCAAUGCUGAGAAGAUAGACCUCAGCCCUGAAAGCAGUGAUCGGAGUUUUUCAGAUCCCCAGUCUAGCACUGACAGGGUAGGUGACAUCCAUAUUUUAGAAGUCACAAAUAACUUGGAUCAUAAGUCCACUUUUAGUAUUUCAAAUUUUCUUAACAAGAGCAGAGGAAGUAACUUCAGUGCCAAUCAGAACAAUGAUGAUAAUAUUCCAAACACCACUAGUGACUGCAGGCUGGAGUGUGAGGGUCCUUAUUUGUUGAGUCCAGAGACUGGGCCGGUGGGCGGGCCCUCCUCGGCCACUGGCUCUCAUGUGGAAAACCCAUUCAGUGAGCCUGCAGACUCCCACUUUGCGAGGCCUAUGCAGGAAGCCAUGGGCCUGCCCUGUGUGCAGAGUUCAGGCUAUCAAGGAGAACAGUUUGGAAUGGAUUUUUCCAGGUCUGGUUUGGGCCUCCACUCCUCCUUCUCCAGGGUAAUGAUGGGCUCCUCAAGAGGAAAGGCCAGUAACUUUCCAUACUACCGCCGUAUUGCUCCCAAAAUGCCCAUUGUAACUUCUGUCAGGAGCUCACAGAUCCCAGAAAACUCUGCCAGCUCCCAGCUUAUGAUGAAUGGGGCCACGUCCUCAUUUGAAAAUGGGCAUCCUUCCCAGCCCGGCCCUCCACAGCUGACCAGGGCCUCUGCUGAUGUCCUGUCCAAAUGCAAGAAGGCCUUAUCAGAGCACAACGUCUUGGUUGUAGAGGGCGCUCGCAAGUAUGCCUGCAAAAUCUGCUGCAAGACUUUUCUGACCUUGACAGAUUGUAAGAAGCACAUCCGUGUUCACACAGGUGAAAAACCCUAUGCCUGCCUGAAGUGCGGCAAGAGGUUCAGUCAGUCCAGCCACCUGUAUAAACAUUCCAAGACUACCUGCCUGCGCUGGCAGAGCAGCAGUCUUCCCAGCACUUUGCUCUAACCCUGACCUCUUGAGAUAAUGCUGAUGUCAGUUGUAGGAAACUAAAAUCUCUUGGUUGAGAGCUAAUACCCUUGGGUUUGAGGCUUCAGGCUGCCCAAUGGCUCUUGCCAAUUUCAGUGGCUCAGAGAGAACUAAUAUGUGUAGCACUAGUGCUGCUGCAUUUCUGAGUGAAAUGCACGCUUUCAGAGAGGGACGCAGCCCUCGAGCCAAGUUCUCUUAGGGUUGAGGACUGUAGUCAGAAAGUAGUUUCUAAUUGAUGUUAAAAAUGGCACAUGUAAAAAUUAAAAAUUGAAGUGCAAAAAAAUUUUUUAGCAAUUUUUGUAAAACUCUGUGAAGCAUUUAAUUAAAAUUCCUAUACCCUCUGAUGGGAAUAUUAUAUACCUGAACAGUGAUGCAAAACUCACCUAUGUGUAACCAGUGGCGACUUUGUGCCCGUCUAAAAGGCCCUUGAGGACGACACACCUGUCGGCCACAAAUGCUGUAGAGCCUAUCGUGAGCUGGUCCUAGGCCUCAGAAAGUACUGUAUUUUUAUUUUUGUCUGACUUGCAGUCACAGACACUGCACUUUGAUGGUGCUGACACUGGGUCCAGAGCGAGCAUUCUCUGGGCUUUUGGGUGUAUAUACUUUUGAAAACAUCACUGUUGGAUAGAUGUUUUAACAAUUUUUCCUGGUUUUAAAAACAAGGUUGUAAAUGGAGUAUGUACUUGUAGGGAGUGACCAGUAAGGUACUGUUUCUGUGUGUGCUGUUUUAGCAGUAUUUUAACCAACUUGUAUACAUGUUACCGUUCCACGUUUGGGAGUCAGAAAAGAGCUAGUGUUUGUCUUUGUUCUGAUGAUGUGGAGUCCUGUUCUGUGGGAUCUUUCACGGCGCAUUUACGCUUUGCUCCAUCCAGACUUCAGGGCCAGUCCAGCCUGACACAUCUUACCCAGUGACACGCCACGCCUGUUCUCUGCUUCGCUUUUUCACUCUCGCCCUAUAUGGCUUCGUUCCCAGGGCCUAGAUUGCUGUUUUCAGUUAUAACCAAAAACCAUGGAUUUAUUACUGUUAUAUACUAUAGUUUUUCAAAGUAUAGAAUGUGAACUUUUGUUGUUGCCCCAGCUCAAUACUGCAUGUUUGAAAUCCAGGCAUAGCAGUGUUCACCGAUAUUUUCCAGCCUUAUAAGAGGGUUGGAGAGCCCAGAACAUAGAAGUCACCAAUUAGCAUCUGAGACUGUUACAAGGAACAUUUGGGUCACUGUCCAGGGCCUCUUUGGGUCCCACUGCCUCACUUCCCCAGCCAGGCUGUGGUCUCCUGACCCUGUUAUCAGGGCUGCUGGUGGCACCUGUGUCAGGCUGAGCCCUGGCUUGUGUGCUUCCAGGGAAACGGCACACGUUCCUGUGUGUCUGUAGAGCUCAUGAAGUCAGUUUCAUUCAUGCAUGGACAUGAGUUCAUUCUUUAUACAGCUUAGACACCAACCAUUGUGCAUAAUUGAGAGAAAUCCUUCCAUUUUUGUGUUUAGAAAGCUAAGUAUGUGUAGCCUAAAACAAAAAUCAGCGUGUUUUUUCCUCUUAAUCUAGUGUGUGCAGUUACACACCUGUCUGGAUAAACUCAGAAUGCUCAUAGUUGGGCUUGGCAUCUCCUGUGAACAGAUUCCCAGGGAGGAAAGGAGGACUCUAAGAUUUCUCUCCUUUCCAGCAGACGUGGGAAAGAGACCACUGGAGGACACGGGGUCACCUGUGAAAUUCAGUGUGUGUGUGGCUAAUUGUUAGCAGUUGUGUUCUGACUUGAUGCAGGGAGGCUCUACAUCCACCCUUCUACAGUGUGGGGACCAGUGUCUUAUGAGAUUAACCUUGGCAGGCAGCAUGGACAAGAGACCCUGCCUGGGCCUAGGAAGAAGAACCAGUGACACGGGAAGACCAGUGGCAGCCCUCCUUCCCUUCCUUCUUGAGGUGGUGGUGCCCGGAGGCUGCCCGCUCACCUCAUCUGUCUUACAUGGACUUGGCUCUGGGCCUGUCUCCAGUACUGUGGCUGGAGCCCUACCUUUCCUCUGCUAGGUGGAAUCUGGAAUUGCAUCUACCUCUUUGUUAGUUUCUAUGUGAGAAGCAAGCUUGCAGGCCAGUGUCCUCAUACAAGCUGUAGUGCUUAUAGGAUAAUUCAGAGGUUCCCUGGAAAACCAGUCCCAAGGAUCCUAUGAUCAUUUCUACCUGAAUUAACCUGGAUUUUGAUUGGUUAGCCUUAAUUAUAGCCUGGCAUAAUUUCUGAUGAUCAAAUCAUAAAGUUCUUUCAGGGCACCCAUGUCAGUGGUGCUAUGCUAGUCAAAAUUUGAGAUUUUGAAAUAAAAAUUUUGUCACAUUCAUGUCUCUAAAUAUGUGUUAUUUUUCUGUGCUUAGGUUAAAACAAAAAGGGAAGCAGUAUUGCUUUCUCUGCUAAUGCUUCGACCAAUACUUUUUUUUUUAACCAAGUCUUUUAGAAAAUAAUCUAAUGCUCUCAAUAACCAUUAUUGAUAAUUCCUUCAAUUUAGUCCCUUCUGCCUUGCCUACUUCUGUCUGUGUGUGAGCUGUGGGCAUGUGUGAGGUUUUCUCAGCCCACCCAGUCUUAUUGCUCACUCUUAUGCUUCCGCUGCUCCCUUACCUGCCUCCCAGAUUGAAAAUUCCACUGGCCAGUUUGGCUUGGCUGUGGGGAAGGGCUGGAACCUGCCUCCCUCAGCAGGAGGGCUUUUGGGAGGAGUGAGGUGGCGAUUAGAAAAGGGCACCCAUCCACCUGGGGGGAGUGGGGAUGAGGACAAGAUAGACAAAAGGAGCCAAGUGUGAUGGUGCUAAAACUAAUUUUAAAAUAAAAAUUAAGAGCUGUGGAGGCCCUGGAGCCAGCCAAGCCCCCACCACACUGCCACCAUGGUGGUCGCCACGGACACCCAUGAGGACCACAAUACCUCCACCGAGAAUGCAGACGAGUCCAACCACAACCCUCAGUUUGAGCCUAUAGUUUCUCUUCCUGAUCAAGAAAUUAAAACGCUGGAAGACAAAGAGCAUUUCAAAAUGUGGGCAAAGCUGUUUUGAUUCUCUUCAGAGAAUGAUCUCCCAGAAUGGAAGGAACGAGGCACCGGUGAUGUCAAGCUUCUGGAGCAGAAGGAAAAGGGACCAUCCACCUCCUCAUGAGGGGGGACAAGGCCUUGAAAUUAUUCGCCAACCACUAUAUCAUGCCAACUGGAGCUGAAGCCAAGCGCAGGCAAUGACCGUGCGUGGCUCUGGUACACCCUGCCACCUUUGCUGACGGGCGCCCCAAGCUGGAGCAGCUGGCCAUCUGCUUCCCCAAUGCUGAAAAUGCACAGAAAUUCAAGACAAAGUUUGAAGAAUGCAGGAAAGAGACUGAAGAGAGAGAAAAGAAAGGAAAACUGGGCAAAAAUGGUAAUGCUGAGGAAGUGGCUGCAAUAGCUGGAAGCUCUUCCGGUGGAAGAUAACAGAAGUCCGAAGACGAGACCAAGGAGAAAGCUGAGGAGAAGCAAUAAGUGCUCUGCCUUUUUUUUCCUAUUCCUUCCUUUUUCAUUUUUUAAAAUAUUUGCCCUGCCCCUUCUUUUUGGCUUGUUUUUAUUCUGUUGUUUUUACAAGGGACUUUAUAUAAAGAACUGAAUUCCAA